AUGAUGGCUUCCGUUUUCACAUCAAGCAAAACAAUCAACGUUUGUCCUUUCCUUAAUGGAGAUGUGGAAAACCCAGAAGUCAAUGCAAACAAUACAUGGAUUCAACCCAAUGUGCCCAGCAAAUGCACAUGGGAACUAGGAAAACCCACCUCCAAGUCUCCUCAUAGCUUUGUGCCUUUACAGAAAGAACCAAAGAUACUGUCAAAUAUUUUGCAGAAAAUUGGACACACACCAAUGAUCCGUGUCAACAAGAUUGCCAAAGCCUAUGGGCUGAAGUGUGAGCUCUUAGCCAAGUGUGAGUAUUUCAAUGCUGGUGGGAGUGUGAAGGAUCGAAUCGCCAUAAGGAUGAUAGAAGAUGCAGAAAAAGCUGGUGUUCUAAAACCAGGAGACACACUUAUUGAGCCUACAUCAGGAAACACAGGGAUCGGCCUGGCCCUGGUUGCUGCUGUGAAGGGCUACCGCUGCAUCAUUGUCAUGCCGGAGAAAAUGAGCAUGGAGAAGGUAGAUAUCCUGAAAGCCCUGGGGGCAGAGAUUGUAAGAACUCCAUGCACAAGGUAUGAUGCCCCAGAAUCCAAUGUCCGUGUUGCAUGGAAACUGAAAAAUGAAAUCCCAAACUCACAUAUUUUGGAUCAGUAUCGAAAUCCGGGCAACCCACUGGCACACUACGACACCACGGCAGAAGAGAUUCUGGAGCAAUGCGACGGCAAAGUUGAUAUGUUUGUGGCCGGAGCUGGCACAGGAGGUACCAUCACUGGAAUGGCAAGAAAGCUGAAGGAGAAAUGUCCUGGAUGCAAAAUCGUUGGAGUAGAUCCAGAUGGCUCCAUUGUUGCACUGCCCAGUUCCCUGAACACCAUUUCAGCAGAUGAAACAACAAUGGAGGUAGAAGGGAUUGGUCACGACUUUAUCCCAACAGUCCUGGACAGAUCUGUGGUAGAUGAGUGGAGCAAGAGCAAUGACACAGAUUCCUUUCUUAUGGCUCGUAGACUGAUUCGCGAGGAAGGCUUGCUUUGUGGAGGUAGUUCGGGAAGUGCAAUGGCUGCAGCUGUGAAAGUUGCCAAGCAGUUAAAAGAGGGUCAACGCUGCGUUGUCCUUUUACCCGACUCUGUGAGAAACUACAUGUCAAAGUUUUUAAAUGACAAAUGGAUGGUCAAGAGUGGAUUUCUAAAGGAUGUUCAAGAACAUUACCCUUGGUGGUGGAAUAUCAAGGUGCAGAAGCUGAACCUCUUAGCUCCUCUGACUCUUCUCCCAGAUGUGAACUGUCAAAAAGCAAUUGAAAUCCUCCGUGAAAAGAGAUAUGACCAGGCACCAGUUGUUGCUGAAUCAGGCCUCAUCUUGGGAAUGGUAACUCUCAGCAACAUCCUCUCUUCAAUCCUGGCAGGAAGUGCCCAGUUCUCAGACCCAGUCAUGAAGAUCACCUACCAGCAGUUCUCCAAGAUCAACCUAGAUGAUACCCUUGGAAAACUUUCACAAAUCCUGGAAAAUGAUCACUUUGCCAUUGUUGUGCAUGAGCUGGAACAAUACAAUGCAGAUGGCAGUUCCUUCAUGAAACAGAUGAUAUUUGGUGUGGCCACAGCUGUUGACCUUCUCAGCUUUGUAACUCCAAAGAACAAGAGCCAGGAGUUUAAAGACGAAAUGCUCAAAGCAGCUUCUUCCACAAUAAUUUUCUCCAUGGCAGAAUCAGAAAAAAAUAACUGA